AUGAUCUGUCGAAAAAUAAAACAUUCGCAAGCCGCAAGGGGUGAAACAAUCGAAUCUCGAACAUUAGAAAAUAACCGUUAUGCAAGUGGUUUAAACCCUGAUAUUAGAGACCGAAAUCGUAAAUGUCUUCAUUACUUCAGUAUUAGCGUUUAUGCUUAUUUUAUGGUUGUAAAGUGA